CGGAUCCAACCUCCUGCACCCACAGUUGUUCAGCCGGUGACACUCAAUCGUGUCAAACCAUCUACAAACUCUCCACAAUCUUGUCUUGCGCGUUGCUUUGAUCGUGUUGCCCUGCCUGCUUCGAGCUCGAUCGCGCCACCGACUGUUUUGAGAAGCCUUUGCCAUACCGCUUUGGGAUCUGAGUGUACACUUGCACCAAGUCGGAAAACACAAUUUCGGACUGCUCACCUCUUCUGUGUGUUUGUUCAAAGUACCCACCAGGCCAGCCGACACAUUGGAAUCCCAAGCGGCAGAACCGUCCUAGCCUCUACAACAGAGACUUGAACAUGAGUUAUCGACCGUCUUGCUGGACUGCAGGUUCCGAGAUUCCCGAGAUCGAAGGGCCGGAUGACCGGGAUAUGGAAUGCGACUUCGAUACGACGAUGAUAGAUCAAGACCAGAACGAAACACAACUAGAAUCUCGUCAUCACUUUGAUAUUUCCAGCAGCUCAGACACUGUUGAUCAGGCGGAUCACGCUCAUUCCAUCAGGUCGGGUUUAGGACUCCAUUCGGAGACUACAACUUUUCCCGAUCAAGUGUCGCGGGACACAUUUGGUCUGGGCGCCCAUUCGAUGGAGCAAGCUAGCCCAUGCUUUGAGGAAAGCGAAGGACCUGCUAUCCGAGCAAACGAUCUUGCCCACAGCAGUGUGGACGGGUGUGAAUGGAACCAACCAUGGCGUGUCUAUCAGCAGGACACCGUAUCGGAUGAUCACAUCGACCCAUGCCUGUUAGAAACCAGUGUAGACUCCAUGCUACCGAGAGGCACAAGGCAGUACCAUGAUCUGCCGAUCAUAGAACCAAGAUUCGUUCCAGGAGGCGAUGACGGAGCGUUUUGGGAUGCAGGAAUCAUGGGUCAGUCUCAAUGGCAAGCCUCAACAUCCUUGCCCCUCGAAAAUCCAGAAGACCAGUAUGCGGCAGCAUUCCCAUACUCAAACAUCUCUGCACCGCCUGCUCGUAUGUUGGAUGCCCAUUCCUCAGAAAUGCAGGAAAUUGUCUCUGAGAGAAUGCACACACCGACACAACGUCAUGUUUCCACCGAGGGGGCAACUGCCAGUAAUCGUAGGUAUUGUUACUCCUCAUCGUCGGCGCCUGGUCCUACGGUGUCAUCGGGCACUUCUCCCCCCUCCAACUUCAUGGCGAUACCAGGGCAAGACGUACCUUCUGCUUCCAUAUGGAAGUAUCAAACCCAAAGGACGAGUACGAGUGGAGCGGCGGGCAGAGACCAGAUCCAUCUACAAGUCCCAAGAGAUCCUCAACAUUGUUACCACCUGAAGACAACAAACUCAGUCUCCGGUAUCGUCGAUGUUGAUGAAAGCCACCAGGGCGCAGCCAUGAGAAGGUCAUCCAGCAGCCAUCUUUCCGUUCCCGACAACAUUAUGCAGAGAUACAAUGCUCCCUCGCCUACCAUUUCGGACAUGAGCACUUCGUCUUCAAUGGUGCCAGAUGACUUGAUAUGUCGAAUUGAAGGUUGCCAGGUCCGUUUUACCGGUCGAUAUCGAAAAGGAAAUUUGCGGCGCCAUGAACGCCUUGUCCAUAACGAGACCAAGUAUCUCUGCGGUGUGGGUGAUUGCGACAAGUCGUUCAACCGCAAGGACGCCCGUCUGAAACAUUAUCACACGCGUGCCUCACUUAUGUGGCACCAGUCCGCUGGAAGACACAAUAUGCCACACCGACUGGUCACCCUUCUCUCUAUCUGCUAUUGGGCUUCCUUGCUCUUUCUCUGUUGUGUUUCAAAGCUUGUACCACAUUGCGCUCGUUGAAUUAUUUCUUUUCAUCAUGUAUUUCCUGGGAAGUCUUCACCCAAC